ACAUCAUCCUGCAUAGUUCAUUUUGUUCAAAAAUAGACUAGAACAGCGCUAGAAUUACUACCUUGCUAACAAAUGUGAUCCUUGAUACGCAAAUCAAAAUCUGUGUCCUCCCGCGGAAAAACUCUCGAAAACACCCGCCCCUGGACGGCCUAUUCGUCGAACACCUUGCCUGCUUAUGCCAUGGCGGCGCCGUCCUCCGCAGUGCGGCAGCUGGAGGACGCGGUCAUCGAGAGGGUCCGCGCCUGCGGCACGUUCCGGGACCUCCUCUGUGUGCACGGCCACGCCGUGCGGCUGUGCCUCUCCCAGAGCAGCUACGUCGCCACCCAGAUCGUUCAACUCUGCAACGCGCACGGCCGCGCCGGCCACGCCGCGCUGGUGUUCUCCCAGGUCCCCGACCCGAACCUCCACCUCCGGAACGCCUUGAUCAAGGCCUACGCGCAGAACCACCGGCACCGCGACGCGGUAGAGGUCUACGUCCGCAUGCUCAGGUGCCCCCCGCUCCCGUCGAGCGGUGGCUUCUCCGGGGGCGGCGAUCGGUUCACGUACCCGUUCCUUCUCAAGGCCUGCGGCGGCCUGGCGGCUCUUGACCUGGGCAAGCAGGUGCACACGCACGUGGUACGGUGCGGGUGCGAGUCCCACGGCAUCGUGCAGAACUCCCUGAUCGAGAUGUACACGCGCUGCGGCGAUCUGUCGCUCGCGCGCAAGGUUUUCGAUGAAAUGCGGGAGAAGGAUGUGGUAUCCUGGAACACGCUUAUCUCGGCGCAUGCGAGACUGGGGCAGAUGAGGAGGGCACGGACUUUGUUCGAUUCGAUGCCUGAAAGGACAGUGGUUUCCUGGACCGCGUUAGUGUCCGGGUACACAGCAGUCGGCGACUUCUCCGGUGCAAUCGAGGUGUUCAGACUGAUGCAGAUGGAAGGCUUCGAACCAGACGACGUGAGCAUCGUCGCAGUGUUGCCGGCCUGUGCACAACUUGGGUCCCUGGAGCUAGGCCGGUGGAUAUACGCUUACUGCAAUAAGCACGGCAUGCUGCGCAAGACAUACAUUUGCAACGCACUGGUGGAGAUGUAUGCGAAGUGCGGGUGCAUCGACCAAGCACUGCAGCUGUUCCACGGCAUGCCCGAUAAGGACGUGAUUUCCUGGAGCACGGUGAUUGGCGGCCUGGCAGCGCACGGGCGGGCGCACGAGGCGGUCAGAUUGUUCGCGGAGAUGGAUAGAGAAGGAAGGGUGAGGCCUAACGGCGUCACAUUCGUCGGGCUCUUGUCAGCGUGCUCCCACGCCGGGCUUCUGGAGGAAGGCCUGGGCUACUUCGACCGCAUGAAGGACGUCUACGGCGUCGAACCCGGCGUCGAGCACUACGGCUGCGCCGUCGACCUCCUCGGCCGGUCAGGGCGAAUCCAACGCGCGCUCGACACCGUACGGGGCAUGCCGGUCCCCGCCGACGCCAAGGUAUGGGGGUCGCUGCUCAGCGCGUGCCGCAGCCACGGCGACGUCGAGACGGCCGUGGUGGCGGCCGAGCGGCUGGCCGAGCUGGAGCCAGGUGACGUGGGCAACCUCGUCAUGCUGGCCAACGUGUACGCCGCAGCGGAGCGGUGGGGCGACGUGGCGAGCACGAGGAAGGCGAUAAGGAGCCGGAGCACGAGGAAGACGCCGGGGUGCAGCCUGAUCGAGGUGGACAACGUGGUGCGGGAAUUCGUUGCCGGGGAGGACCUGGGGCAUGAGUUGGAUGGCCUUGCUGCCGUGCUGGAUGUCCUGGCCACGCACCUUGCAGAUGAUGUAGCGCUCGCUGAUCCAGAUUGUUGGGUUGAUGCCAAUGUGUCUGCCAGUGGCAGAUCACUGAGACACUGACACGCAGAUAUCUUGCCAGAGCAAGAGGAAAGCAAAGCAGGUUCAUCCCGGCGAGCAGUUCGCAGCUUGUGGCUUGUGAUUUUGUUCUUUUCUGUUCCUUGAAGAUCUAAUUCCUGACAGGUGCAUUUGAAUUUUAAUUGUUUCUGAAGCACA